GGUACACACUGGGGCUGCCUCCAACCAAACCCUCUAGUAAACCAUGGAAUGUGCCUCUUUCCUACCGUGGUUAAUUCCUAAUGGAAUGCUAUUGGUUCUACUCUGUUCAACCAAUGGUUGCAAAAUUUGCAGAGUGAAACAGGCCUUUUAGCUCAGGGAAAAAUGUGUUUGAGGCAAGUACAAAUUCAGGUAGCCUUCUGGGAGUUGAUAUGUUUGGAAGACGUGUAGGAUUUUUGAAGUUUAAAGCUGACAUGCUUGAGAAGGAAACAGGGACAAAGUUACCAGGUAUUGUAUUUGCAAGGGGUCCAGCUGUUGCUGUGCUGAUUUUUUUGGAGUCUGGAGGAGAGACUUAUGUAGUUCUCACAGAACAGGCAAGGGUUCCUGUUGGCAAAUCAAUUCUGGAAUUACCAGCUGGCAUGCUGGAUGAUGAAAGAGGUGAUAUAGUUGGAACUGCAGUUCGUGAGGUUGAAGAAGAGAUUGGUAUCACCUUAAAUGCAGAUGCUAUGGUCAACCUUACAGCACUUCUUGACCCAGCAACGGGACAAAAAGUUUUUCCAUCACCGGGUGGGUGUGAUGAAGAGCUGAGCUUGUUCCUCUACCGCAGUCCCGUCAAGGAGGAGGUUAUACGUGCAUUGCAUGGAAAGGAGAUGGGACUUCGUGACCACGGUGAACUAAUUAAGGUACGUGUUAUUCCCUAUGAUAAGCUUUGGCAUGUUACUGCCGAUAUGAAAGCUCUUUCUGCCAUUGCACUAUAUGAAAUGGCCAAAAGAGAUGGUCUUUUGCCUGAGAGAAACUCACAUCUUUCUACCUGAAUCUACCUUUUCCCCCUUCCCUCUUUGAGUAAAAGUUGCACCUUUGUACUAGAAUUGCUCUAUUGUCGUUGUGUGAAUGAAAAACCAUUUGCUUUUA